AUGAGCUCCCGCACCGCCAGGACGCUCGCCUUCGCCGUCACCCUUCUCCACUUGGCCAGGCUGGCGCUCUCCACCUGCCCUGCCGCCUGCCACUGCCCCCAGGAGGCGCCCAAGUGCGCCCCGGGAGUCGGGCUGGUCCGGGACGGCUGCGGCUGCUGUAAGGUCUGCGCCAAGCAGCUCAACGAGGACUGCAGCAAAAUGCAGCCCUGCGACCACACCAAGGGGCUGGAAUGCAAUUUCGGCGCCAGUUCCACCGCUCCGAAGGGGAUCUGCAGAGCUCAAUCAGAGGGCAGACCCUGUGAAUAUAACUCCAGAAUCUACCAGAAUGGGGAAAGUUUCCAGCCCAACUGUAAACAUCAGUGCACAUGUAUCGACGGCGCUGUGGGCUGCAUUCCUCUGUGUCCCCAAGAACUCUCUCUCCCCAACUUGGGCUGUCCCAACCCCCGGCUAGUCAAAGUUACCGGGCAGUGCUGUGAGGAGUGGGUCUGUGACGAGGAUGGUGCCAAGGACCCCGCAGACGACCGGGAUGGCCUCCUGGGCAAGGGGCUGGCAUUUGAUGCCUCGGAGGUGGAGUUAACCAGGAACAAUGAAUUAAUUGCGGUUGGAAAAGGCGGCUCCCUGAAGCGGCUCCCAGCGUUUGGAAUGGAACCUCGAAUCCUAUACAACCCUUCUUUACAUGGCCAGAAAUGUAUCGUUCAAACAACUUCAUGGUCCCAGUGCUCCAAGACCUGUGGAACUGGUAUCUCCACACGAGUUACCAAUGACAACCUUGAAUGCCGCCUGGUGAAGGAAACCCGGAUUUGUGAAGUGCGGCCUUGUGGACAGCAGAUGUACAGCAGCCUGAAAAAGGGCAAGAAAUGCAGCAAGACCAAGAAAUCCCCCGAACCAGUCAAGUUUACUUAUGCUGGAUGUUCGAGUGUGAAGAAAUACCGGCCCAAGUAUUGCGGCUCGUGCGUGGACGGCCGCUGCUGCACGCCCCAGCAGACCAGGACUGUGAAGAUGCGCUUCCGUUGCGAAGAUGGGGAGACGUUUUCCAAGAACGUCAUGAUGAUCCAGUCCUGCAAGUGCAACUACAACUGCCCGCAUGCCAACGAGGCGGUGUUUCCCUUCUACAGGCUGUUCAAUGACAUUCACAAAUUUAGGGACUAA